CACCCACAGACCACCAGAUCUGCCCAGCAGACACCAGCAGGAUGAAGCUACUCACCAGCCUGCUCUUCUGCUCCCUGCUCCUGGGAGUCUGCCAUGGAGGGGUUUUUUCAUUUAUUAGAGAGGCUUUCCAAGGGGCUGGGGACAUGUGGCGAGCCUACACUGACAUGAAGGAAGCUGGCUGGAAAGAUGGAGACAAAUACUUCCAUGCUCGGGGGAACUAUGAUGCUGCCCAAAGAGGUCCCGGGGGAGUCUGGGCUGCUGAGAAAAUCAGUGAUGCAAGAGAGGGCUUUCAGGAAUUCUUUGGCAGAGGACACGAGGACACCAUGGCUGACCAGGAAGCCAACAGACAUGGCCGCAGUGGCAAGGACCCCAAUUACUACAGACCCCCUGGCCUGCCUGACAAAUACUGAGUGUCCUCCUACUAGCUCAGGAGGCAGUGCUGGGGGCCUGAGGGUGGGGUCUAGGCUUCUUCCUACCUAGGAACACUGAAGAUGCUCUCUGGGAAAACAUAGUAUACCUCUCAUGUGUGUAUCCCACAGGGGUUUCAGAAGUGUGUUACUCUCGCAGUAGUAACUGCUUGAUGGGGAGAGGGCAAUAAACAGAAACUUGGAAGUGGA